AUGCUCUCUGCGGAUAUUUAGGGAUGUAAAUUACCACUUCAUGUAUAAGUUUAUCAUAUACAUCUUUAAAGCUGGGAUUUCAAAACAAGUUAUUUUUUGAAUAACUUUUGGUUUCAAAUACUUAAUCCGUUCAUCCUUAAUCGUAAUCAUAAACAAUACUUGAUAUAGCCUUAAAGUAUAAACAGUUAAUCAUUUGCUGA